GAGGGGGAGAUUGAGAGAUCAAGAGUGAAAUAGAGCGGUCGGGGGUUGACGGUGGUGGUGGGGAGAAGGGAGGCAGAGCGAGCGCAGGAUGCACGGGCCCCGGGAGCACAUGGCUCGCCGGGAGCUGGUGUUGCUGGCCGCUGCAGAGCCGGGGCCGAACUCCAGGUGCGGCCUGAGCCAAUAAACAAGCGGACGAGUGUGGACAACACGCGCUUGGUGUAGAGGGAGCGCACGGCGAUGGAAGGUGCGACGAGGAGCUGAGGUGGUGCAAAGUGCGCGAGCGGGCCCCCGGAGGCUGUGGCUGAGGCUGAGGCUGAGGCUGAGGCUGAGGCUGAGGCUGAGGCUAAGGCUGAGGCUAAGGCUGCCGCCGUUGCUGCUGUUGCUGUCGCUCUUGAAGAGCGAAGGACGAGGAACCUCGUCAGUCCUACACGAUGGCCACGGAACCGCUUUCGCGCGCCUCUUGUCUCCUGUUGCCACUGCUGCUGCUGCUCGCACAGGUAACGAGAUCGGCAGACUUGGCGAUCGAGAUCCCGGGUAACCUUAGUCAAGGCGGCUCCUGGUACAGACUGGAUUACACUCCUCGAGUUGGAUAUCCACCGCCCAACACGACUAUCGCUGCCUCGGACAUCGGUGACGUCAUUAAGUUUCGCGAUGGUUUGCCUGGGACCCGUUACGAGUAUUGGCUGUACUAUAGUAACGACACUCUUCACGAUUGGCUUACCUGGACGGCCUCCAUUACGACCCCGCCCGAUCCACCGUCGAAUCUCACAGUCUCCGUAAAAAGCGGCAAGUCGGCGAUCAUCUACUGGGAGCCACCCCGACACGGCAACUACUCGGGCUUCCGACUCCGCAUCCAGAGUUUCAACGACGCCAGCAACCCCUGGUCGAGCGUCGUCCCCGCGGAUGCGGUGCCCUACACGCUGCGCGACCUCACGCCUGGCGCCACUUACUCCCUCCAGCUCUUCACGGUCCUUGACACCAAGGAGAGCGUCGCCUACACCAGCAGGAACUUCACAACAAAGCCAAAUACGCCGGGAAAGUUUAUCGUCUGGUUCCGCAACGAGACGACGCUCCUCGUCCUUUGGCAGCCGCCUUAUCCAGCUGGAAUUUAUACUUAUUACAAAGUUAGCAUAGAUCCCCAAGAUGCCGCUGAAUCCAUUCUCUAUAUCGAGAAGGAAUCGGAACCGCCUGGACCAGCGCAGGCAGCUUUCAAAGGCCUCAUUCCUGGUCGAGCGUAUAACAUCUCGGUGCAGACAGUAUCGGAGGACGAGACCUCGACACCGACGACGGCGACGUAUCGUACGGUGCCGCUACGCCCGCUCAAUGUCACCUUCGACAACUCGUCGGUUACGUCGACGUCGUUCCGCGUUUACUGGUCACCUCCCAAUGGUAGCUCCGAGUUUGACAAAUACCAGAUCUCGUUGGCCGGGAAUCGGCGCUUUGCCCCGGUUACCCGCAACCGCGAGGACGAUUGUCGCUGGGAGUUCAAGGAUCUCGAGCCCGGCAAGACAUAUCAGGUCGUCGUCAAGACCUUCUCCGGCAAAGUAUCCAGCUGGCCGGCGAGUAGAGAUGUCACGCUCAGACCUCUGCCAAUUCAGGAUCUUCGGGCUGAAAUUGAUGAGAAAACGUGGAUGGUCGAAGUUUCAUGGAGCCCAGAAAAUGCAAGCACUCAAGAUACUUAUAGAGUUCAAUAUCACGAAGUUGAAGCGACAAUUGGAGGGGAUAGCAAUGUUUUAACGACUAAUAAAACAAAGAUUACCCUGGAAGCGCUUCUGCCGGGACGCAACUACUCGAUAAUUGUCCAGGCGAUCAGCAAUAAAGUCGAAUCGAACGAAACCAUCCUUUACCAAGUGACGAAACCCUCGAGCCCGAUAAUCGAGGAUCUCAAGUCAAUCGAGAAGGGCCUGAAUAUCUCGUGGAAGAGUGACGUUAACUCGCGCCAGGAGAAAUUCGAGGUGACGCACAAUCGCAACGACACGGGCGAGAGCGCGACAACCCUUACAACCGAGUCUCACAUUGUCCUCGAGGAUCUUUACCCCGGAGCUGGCUACGAGGUCAAGGUCUUUGCCAUAAGUCAUGGAUUAAGAAGCGAGCCACACGCCUACUUCCAAGCCGUUUUGCCACGUCCACCGCGUAAUCUCAGCAUCGAGAAAGUGACGAGCAACACGGUACUGGUGCACUGGGAGGCGCCCACCGACUCGAUAUUCUCGGAAUACGCCAUCAGAUAUCGCACGGAGGACGACCCGCGAUGGGUGAAGCUACCGAGUGUCAAGGAGACGGAGGCCGAGGUGGCGGAUAUGACACCCGGGGAGAGGUACACCAUACAAGUCAACACCGUGAGCUUCGGUGUCGAGAGCCUUUACCCUCUUCAAGUUAAUCACACCAUUCGUCCUAAUCCCGUAGUAAACGUCACGCCGGUGAUCGACUCGACGAACGUGACGCUCGAGUGGCCGCGACCCGAAGGUAGAAUCGAGUACUACGCGCUCAAGUGGUGGCCCUUGGACAUACCGGAGAGCAUUCGGGCGAAGAAUGUGACGGCGAGUAGCGACCCUUCGAGCAUAGUCUUUGAGGACAGUUCGACGCUGUCGAGCUCACCGUCGGCCAAUCACAAUAUCGAGAGGAUAUUGGUGGGCGAUCUCAUGCCGGGGGUCGAGUACGUCUUCACUGUCUACACGGUGUCCUACGACCUUCUCAGCGACACCACGAGCCUCAAGACUCGCACGAUGCCGCUGAUUCAAUCGGAGGUGGUCGUGGUGGUCGACCGGGAUCAGCCGGACUCGCUCACGUUACGCUACACGCCAACACCCGUCCAGUCGUCGCGCUUCGACCUUUAUCGGUUUCGCAUAAGCGACGGCGUCAACACCACGCAGGAGCGCAUCGUCAACGACACCGAUACCAAGGUCACGUUCACGGACCUGAUGCCCGGGAGGCUGUACAACGUGACCGUGUGGACCGUCAGUGACAAGGUCGAGAGCAGGCCACUGCUCAGGCAGGACAGAUUAUACCCGGAGCCAAUCACGGCGAUCAACGCUACGGAGAUCAACGACACGAAGAUCACACUUGCUUGGGACCCUCCGCGCGGCGAGUAUGACGCCUUCGAGGUCCAGUACAUAAAUGCCGAGGAUAAUUAUGUGCAGAAUAUCACGUCGAUGAACGCCAUAACGAUAACCGACCUCAAGCCCCAUCGCAAUUACACCUUCACCCUCGUCGUCCGGUCGGGCACCGAGUCCAACUACCUGAGGCGCUCGAAUCCCUUGAGCGCGAGCUUCACCACUAGUGAGUCAUACCCUGGCAGAGUCGACAAGUUCCACCCGACGGAUAUACAACCGAGCGACAUCAGCUUCGAAUGGUCGCUGCCCAGCCAAGAGCAGAAUGGAAUCAUCAGGAAAUUUAGCAUUACCUAUGGGCUCGAGGGCUCGGCACACACGCAGGCGCGCGACUUUAAGUCGAGCGAAUUCCGCGGCACGAUCAAGAACCUCAUCCCCGGGAAGACGUACAUCUUCCGCAUCCAGGCGGAGACGCGCGUCGGCUUCGGUCAGGAGGCGAUCUGGAAGCAGAAGAUGCCGAUACUCGCGCCACCGAAGCCGCUGUCCCAAGUUGUGCCUACCGAGGUCUGCCGAAGCAGCAUCACCAUACAGAUAAGAUUUAGGAAGAAUUACUUUAGCGAGCAGAAUGGCGCUGUCACGUCCUACACCAUCAUCGUCGCCGAGGACGACAGCAAGAACGCGAGUGGGCUCGAGAUGCCCAGCUGGAGGGACGUGCAGGCCUACAGCAUUUGGCCGCCUUAUCAGGUGAUGGAGCCGUAUUAUCCCUUCAAAAACAGCUCCGUGGAGGACUUUACGAUCGGCACGGAAAACUGCGAGAACAAGAGUGGCUACUGCAAUGGACCGCUUAAAUCCGGCUCGACCUACCGGGUGAAAGUCCGAGCGUUCACCGCGCCCGACAAGUUCACCGACACCAGCUACAGUUUCCCCAUACAAACAGAUAAGGACAAUACGGCGAUCAUUGUUGGCGUUACCGUGCCGAUCGUUCUGCUCCUGGCGCUACUCGGAAUCGGGCUGCUGAUAAGGAGACGCAGGAGCCAAGGACGCAAGACCACCGAGACCAGGGCGACCGACGACCUUUCGCUGCCCGACAGCGUCAUCGAAACUAGUCGACCAAUAAGAGUGGAGAACUUCGCCGAGCAUUAUCGCAUUAUGUCGGCAGACUCGGACUUUCGCUUCUCGGAGGAGUUCGAGGAAUUGAAGCACGUGGGACGCGAUCAGCCCUGCACAGCGGCCGACCUACCGUGCAACCGACCCAAGAAUCGUUUCACCAACAUAUUGCCCUACGAUCACAGCCGAUUCAAGCUUCAGCCCGUGGACGACGAGGAGGGCUCCGAUUACAUUAACGCCAAUUACGUGCCCGGCCACAACUCGCCGAGGGAAUUCAUCGUUACGCAGGGACCCCUGCAUUCCACGAAGGACGACUUUUGGAAAAUGGUUUGGGAGAGCAAUAGCCGAGCCAUCGUCAUGCUGACGCGUUGCAUCGAAAAGGGCCGGGAAAAGUGCGAUCACUACUGGCCGACGGACACGCUUCCGGUUUUCUACGGCGACAUAUCCGUCACGAUUCUCAACGAGACGCAUUAUUCCGACUGGAGUAUUACCGAAUUUAUGCUGCGCAAAGGCGACUCGAAGCGAGUUAUCCAGCACUUCCACUUCACGACUUGGCCGGACUUUGGGGUGCCCUCGCCCCCGCAGACUCUCGCACGCUUCGUGCGGGCGUUCCGGGAGCGCGUGCAGCCGGACCAACGGCCGAUAGUCGUACACUGCAGCGCCGGUGUCGGGCGUAGCGGCACCUUCAUAACCCUCGAUCGCAUCCUCCAGCAGAUCCUUGUGAGCGACUACGUCGACAUAUUCGGCAUAGUGUGGGCCAUGAGGAAGGAGCGCGUAUGGAUGGUGCAGACGGAACAACAGUACAUAUGCAUACACCAGUGUCUCCUGGCGGUCCUGGAGGGUCAGGACACCACGGGACCGCCCCGGGAGAUACACGACAAUCAGGGCUUUGAAGAUGACGAAGGUAUCGCAGAGUCGGGAAUGUGAUGAGUGCGAAAGACUGAUACCGGGCGGCUCGAGGGAGGAAGACAAGGACGAUAAUGAUAGCGAGGAGGAAGAGGAUGGAGAGGGGUGCGUGACCCUCGAGUUGGCGCCGAGAACACAGUCGGCGAGGGUCGAGAGCUCUCAGGACAUUCCGAUUGAUUCGUUGCCGCUGAUCGAACGGCGCUGAUCGUGUCACCCGACAGGAUGAAGACAACGACAGGAUUAUCUUUGGCACGCGGCACGGUCGAGUCGCCGACACAUGUUGAUGCACAGACACUGAUUAAGCAGAAGUCUCCGUCCAUUAUUGGACGUUCGAGAGAACGUUCAGAGCGAGCGUUCGCGGGUAGUCGAGGAGACGGUUCGAUUGUUGAAGAGCAAGACGGCGAACCUUGUUUUUAAUCUCUCGUUAAUGGCACUGAGCAAUGGUAGCUUAUAGCGAGGUGUGGCUCAGGGUACAUCGAUCACCACUCGUAACCUGUGUCAGUAUGUUAGUAAGAAGGUUCGACGACAUCAUUUUUUUCUGUUUU